AAUGAUGGGUUAAUUUGGCCUUAAUAUUCCAUAUCGAACAUUUGGAGGGCAGAAAUGGAGGUAUAAAAUAAGGAAUGAGGAGGGACAGUUGGUUGUAGAAAUCAGUUGA